UUGCAAAAUAGUCCAAGCCGACCCACCAAUUGCAUGGAGGCAGCCGCUGGUUCGCGUAAAAGUGGCAUCUAUACCAUAAAAUAUCAGCGAUUUGGGGAUGAGCCAUUUAUGGUAUGGUGUGAUGAGGAAACGGACUUUGGCGGUUGGAUUGUCAUUCAGCGACGCCUAAGUGCGGAAGUGGAUUUCUAUCGAGAUUGGCAACAAUAUAAGCAAGGCUUUGGUGAAUUAUCGGGCAAUUAUUGGAUUGGUUUGGAUAAAUUGCACGCUCUAACCGCAAGUUGUGAACAAGAGUUGUAUAUAAAAAUGGAAGCGUCCAAUGGCACAAAGUACUAUGCAAAAUAUGAUUUAUUCGUCAUUGGUAGCGAAGAGGAAGAUUAUGUUUUGCGAACCGUUGGUGCUUACAAAGGGAAUGCUAAAGAUUAUUUCAAGCCUCACGAGGGUAAAAAAUUCACAACAUUCGAUCGAGAUAACGAUGCAAGCCCUGAUAUAAAUUGUGCUGAAUCUUGCAGAGGAGCCUGGUGGUAUCACAAUUGUUAUUGGAGCAAUUUGAAUGGCGACUAUUCUCAAAAAGACAACGGCCAAAGCGUUACUUGGAUCGGCAUAAAAAGGAAUGAGUCCUUGAAGUUUGCGCAAAUGAUGAUACGGCCAACGCAAAAAUGUAUUAAGCGGUUGGCAAUGAAAAAUUUUUCGUUUUAA